GAAUCCUAGAACAAUAGGAUUCAGAAUCAGCGGGAGCUACCCAAUCCAACUCCAGGUGGAAGUGAAUCCGCAACCUGAUUGGCCUGCUGGAGCAGCCAAUCAGGCGGCUGGCAGAAGUGAAUCUGCUACCUGAUUGGCCUGUAGGAGCAGCCAAUCAGGCUGCAGGCAAAAGUCAAUCCACAAUAUAAUUGGCCCACAGGUGUAGCCCUGAAGUAGCCAAUCACGCAAGGCCCAUUGUGUAAAUAAUGUAUAUAAGCAGAUGGUUUUGGGAAAAGAGCCAUUCGUCUUCUCUUCUCCUCCUUGAUGACUAUGAGCUGAAUAAAGAGCAUGAAAUUCACUCUUGACUCCGAGUAUAUUUCACUGGCGACGAGGAUGGGAUCCUGCUGAGCUGACCGCCACCACGCACUGCACCGCAGCACCGCCACCUGCUGCACCGCUGCAUCGCACCGUGCAUCCAGGCUUCAGCUCCAGGACCCAAGGAACCCAGAAUGGCAACCGACAGCAGCUUCUCGCCAUUCAAACCAGCAUCAGGAGACUGGGAAGGGUACGCCGCCCGUUUCAACUUCCUCCUGCAAGCGAAAGAAGUCACCAACGAUGCCAUGAAGAGGGCGACAUUCUUCAGCGUCUGUGGAGAGGAGACGUUUGAAAUCGCCCGGGCUCUCCUUGCACCUAGAGAUGUCGCUACCGUCUCUUACAAAACAAUAAUGGAACGGCUGAAGGAGCACUUCUCACCACAGCCCUCGGUGGUAGCUUGCCGAAAUGCCUUCUACGCAAAACGGCAAGCCCCGGGGGAAACCAUAACUGGGUUUGUGACCUCCCUCCGCCAAGCCGCCCGGUUAUGCAACUUCUCAGAAUUGGAGAACAUGCUUCGUGACCGCCUCGUCGGUGGCCUGAGGGACGAGAUGUUGCAACAACGCCUCUACGCCAAAAAAGACCUCACGUUCCAGAUUGCUCUGGAGGAAGCCCUGGCAACCGAAGCCGCCGAGAGGUCAACGCAAGAGGCACGACCGGCCCCGCCAUCCCAACCGAGGGUCUACCACGAAGACCUCACCGACGAAUCCGAAUCUGACAGGGAGGAAGUACACCGAGUACAGCGGCGCACUCAAGCAGCACACACACCACAGCAGCCUCGACGAGAAGGAGGGAACUGUGCUAGCUGCGGGGAGAACCACGAGAGGAGGACCUGUCGUUUCCGCAACGCAGAGUGCAGGCAGUGCAGAAAAUUGGGACACAUCGCCCGGGUGUGUCGGGCUCGACUCACCCGUCGACAAGCAUCAGAUGACCGACCCAGGAGCCCCAGGUCACACGGCACCAUGCGCCAAGGCAACUCGACGGAGAUCACGGACUACCAGGUAUUCCAGUUGCCCCAUCCCAGCACAGAGAAAAUUUAUAUAGAGGUACAGAUAGAGGGAGCCCCAUGCCGCAUGGAGCUGGACACGGGUUCAACUCUAUCCAUAAUCUCGGCCCGAACAUUAAGGGAACUGUGCCCUAAUGGGGGUCCCAAACUAAGGCCGGCCCCAUUCACCCUCCGGGACUUCCAGAAACGUAAGGUCCCUACUAUGGGGGUGGGGACCUUCAGGGUGCAAUAUCGAGGGCGAAAGCAACAAUUGGACUUGCUGGUAGUUAAGGGCCCCUACGUUAGCUUACUGGGACUGGCAUGGUUUGGACCUCUGGGGCUAGCCGUUACCGGGGUGAACCGCACUAGCUUACAAGUGGACGUGGACGCCAUAUGCAAAGAGUUUCCAGGGGUUUUCGAUGGGGCAUUGGGACGAUAUACAGGACCCCCCAUUGCCCUACAGCUAGACCCCGCUGUACGACCCAUCAGGCACAAGGCCCGCCGGGUCCCGUUUGCCCUGAAACCCCGCAUAGACGAGGAAUUGGACCGGCUCGUGGAGCAAGGAGUGCUGGAGCCGGUGCCCAACGCCCCCUGGGAAACUCCAAUUGUCACACCCGUCAAGCCUAACGGUUCGGUCCGCAUCUGUGCAGACUACAAAUGCACCAUAAACAAGGCUCUCACGGCCCAUGCAUACCCAGUGCCAGUGGUCAGCCAUGUCCUCGCCACCCUGGCUGGGUCAAAAAUCUUUGGCAAACUGGACUUGGCCCAAGCGUAUCAACAGUUGCCUGUGGACGAAGCCACAGCAGAGGCUCAGACGAUUGUGACGCACAGAGGGGCAUUCAGAGUAAAGCGGCUGCAAUUUGGCGUUAGCGUGGCACCAGGCAUAUUCCAGAAUCUAAUGGACUCUCUCCUUAAAGGGAUUCCUGGUGUCACCCCCUUCUUCGAUGAUGUACUGAUCGCCGGGCCCACACCAGAGGAAUUUGAGGACCGCCUCCGCUCCGUCCUGCACCGUUUCCAGACGGCGGGCCUCAAGGUGAAGCGGGAAAAGUGUUUACUGGGAGUGCCGCAGGUGGACUUUCUGGGAUUUAAGGUGGACGCAGAAGGGGUCCAUCCAACCGGUGACAAGGUACGGGCCAUUUGUGAGGCCCCAGCGCCCAAGAGCAAGCCCGAACUUCAGUCAUUCUUGGGACUAUUGAACUUUUACCAUGCCUUCCUUCCCCAUAAGGCAGCGGUAGCGGAGCCCCUACACAGACUCCUAGAUAAAAGGGCCCCUUGGGUGUGGGGCCAGCGACAAAGGGCCGCAUUCCAGGCAGUCAAGGACUUGCUCGUCUCGAACUCGGUCUUGGCACACUUCGACGAGAGGCUGCCAGUGGUGCUGGCAUGCGACGCCUCUCCCUAUGGCAUCGGCGCUGUCCUGGGACACCAACUCCCGGAUGGAAGAGAGGUGCCGGUGGCAUACUUCUCCCAGACGCUUGCUGCAGCCGAACGAAACUACUCACAGAUUGACAAGGAGGGUCUGGCAAUCGUGAAGGGCGUAAAAAAAUUCCAUGAUUUCUUGUACGGGCGGCCCUUUACCAUAGUGACUGACCACAAGCCGUUGCUUGGCCUGUUUGCCCCUGAGAAGCAGACCCCCCAAGUGUUGUCUCCACGUGUCCUCAGGUGGUCAAUUUUCCUUGCCGGCUACCAGUAUGCACUAAUCCACCGCCCUGGGAAGGCGAUGGGCCACGCAGACGCCCUCAGCAGGCUACCACUACCAGAAACAGGCCCCGACCCAGCGCCUGCGCAAGAGGUUAUGACCCUGGAGCUGCUUCCCGACCGACCCAUUCAGGCACAAGAAGUUGCGCACCAUUCCACAAAAGAUAGGGUCAUCUCCCGGGUCCUGGACUGGGUGUGGCGAGGAUGGCCCAGCAGCAGCCCCGGGCCAGAAUUCGCUGGCUACACAAACCGCAAACAUGAACUGUCGGCCCACAAGGGGUGCCUGUUAUGGGGAAGCAGGGUUGUUGUUCCCCAGCCCCUCCGCAAAAGGGUCCUCACAGCCCUACACGAGACACACCCAGGGGUAGUGAGGAUGAAGGCCCUUGCCAGGAGUUAUGUGUGGUGGCCGGGGAUUGACAGAGAGAUAGAGGCCUGGGUCCAACACUGCCAGACCUGCCAAGAAUCCCGCCCGGAUCCCCCAAGGGCCCCAGUCCAGCCCUGGGAGUCCGCCCGACAUCCAUGGUCACGCUUGCACGUGGACUUCGCUGGCCCCUUCCAGGGAAAAACAUUCUUCAUAGUGGUGGAUUCCUACACCAAAUGGCUGGAGGUCGCACUGGUACCAUCCACUUCUACGGCGGCAGCCAUCCGGGUACUACGUAAGCUGUUUGCGACCCACGGGCUCCCUGACACCCUCGUCUCGGACAAUGGAACCGCAUUCACGUCAGAGGAGUUCCAGACCUUCACAGCGCAGAACGCCAUCCGCCACAUCCGCUCAGCACCAUUCCACCCUGCCACCAAUGGCCAAGCGGAGCGCAUGGUGCGGACCACCAAGGACAGCCUCCGCCGCAUGACACAAGGGGACUGGGAAUACCGCCUUGCCGCAUUUCUUCUAGCACAGCACAGCACCCCAAGCACAACGACGGGCCGGAGCCCAGCUGAAUUACUAAUGGGCCGGCGCCUUGCAACUAGACUGGACCGACUUCACCCCGACAGAGCUCAGGAUGAGGUAGUGGUGGGGAAAGGCAGGAACCCCCGGACAUUUGUGGCCCAGGACCCAGUGUAUGCAAAGAAUUUUGGGGCAGGCCCAGCAUGGGUACCCGCCACAGUCACCAAGGUGACCGGUCCCGUGUCGUACGAGGUACUAACGGAAGGGGGGCAAUGUUGGCGCCGCCACUGCGACCAGAUACGGCGACGAUUCCCAGGAGGAACCCGGGAGGAGAGUGGGACAGAGGGGUCCCAAGGGGACAGCAGGGCAGUGAGGCCUGUAGAGCGAGAGGGGUGGGCAGAGGAAGCAGAAGCAGUAGGCACAGAGGGGCGCCCCGAGGCUGGAAGGACACCGGAACCAGAGCUACAACCUAGUGGUUCAGUGGCGCCAGACCAGACAGCCCCGGCACAGCCAGCAGCCUCGGAACACGAGCCAGAACCAGAACCCCUGACCAAGGAACACCCCAGGCCACAACGCACACGGAGGCGGCCAGCAGACCUUGGGGACUACGAAUGCAACUUCCCGGGCAGGACUGGAACUUAGAGGGGAGGGGUGUUAUGUACUGAGCUGAAUCCUAGAACAAUAGGAUUCAGAAUCAGCGGGAGCUACCCAAUCCAACUCCAGGUGGAAGUGAAUCCGCAACCUGAUUGGCCUGCUGGAGCAGCCAAUCAGGCGGCUGGCAGAAGUGAAUCUGCUACCUGAUUGGCCUGUAGGAGCAGCCAAUCAGGCUGCAGGCAAAAGUCAAUCCACAAUAUAAUUGGCCCACAGGUGUAGCCCUGAAGUAGCCAAUCACGCAAGGCCCAUUGUGUAAAUAAUGUAUAUAAGCAGAUGGUUUUGGGAAAAGAGCCAUUCGUCUUCUCUUCUCCUCCUUGAUGACUAUGAGCUGAAUAAAGAGCAUGAAAUUCACUCUUGA